UUGCUCCCAUAAACCUUCAACAUAGUAAGAAAUGGUUUCUCCUCUGUGCUCUAAAAUAUUCCCAAACUGAAAACCCUCAAAUUCCCAAAUUCCCUCCAUUUCUCCCUCUCUUCCACACAUUUCACCAAGGACAAAGCCUCAUAGUUGCUUUGGAUCACAGAUUACAAGCAAGCAGAUUAUCCUAAAAUCCUUUGCACCUUGUUUUGAUCUGUGGAGCUCGCCCAUGCUCACUCAAACAUCACAACAGCGAGAAUCUCUAAGUUUAGCUAAUCUCUGGUCAGUUUCUGUUUCUUGCUCUCCCUUGUAGCCUUAUUUCGCACUUACUUCCUUAUCCUGCGUAUUUACACUUACAAUGUAAGAAUUAGAGAUCCUAUAUUCAAUUCCCUAUUAGUCAUGGAUAUCGAGCAACUAAAUGUGAUGGAGUUUGAUGACUUGGGUGGUUCUGGUCGCGAAGACGAAGUUACUGCCCUUGACCUGGAACACCCAGAUGGCUUUGAUCUCGAAUAUAAUGAUAAUCAUAAUAAUCAGGAAUUAUUGGAAGGUCCUUCCACGGGUCCCUCAACUUCCAAUUUCGACGCUAAUCUCGAGCCCUAUGAGGGUAUGGAAUUUGAUUCUGAACAGUCUGCUCGCAUUUUCUACAAUUCAUAUGCCCGCCGUAUUGGUUUUAGUACUAGGGUCAGUGUGUACCAGCGGUCUCGUCGCGAUGGGUCUAUCAUUUGCCGCCAAAUUGUGUGUUCUCGUGAAGGGUUUCGUCGUGAGGGCAAUGAGAAUAGGUCUAAAAGACAACGCACCAUCACUAGAGUUGGGUGUAAAGCUCAGAUGACAGUCAAGAAGCAGAGUUCUGGAAAAUGGGUUGUAACUAAACUUAUUAAAGAACAUAAUCAUGAUCUUGUGCCACCUGAUAAGGUUCAUUGCCUCCGUUCACACAGGCACGUGUCUGGUCCUGCACGAAGUCUGAUUGAUACACUUCAGGCAGCAGGGAUGGGGCCAAGUGGAGUCAUGUCUGUUCUGAUUAAGGAAUCUGGUGGAAUCAAUAAUGUUGGUUUUACUAAAGUUGAUUGCCAGAAUUAUAUGAGUAGUAGCAGGCAGAGGACACUUGGGAGUGGUGGUCAAGUUGUUUUUGACUAUUUGAAGCAAAUGCAAGCUGAGGAUUCUGGUUUCUUCUAUGCUGUUCAGGGUGAUUUUGAUAACUCAACAGGAAACAUUUUCUGGGCAGAUGCAAAUUCAAGAAUGAAUUACACUUACUUUGGAGACACUGUCACAUUUGACACGACAUAUAGAACAAACCGUUACCGAGUCCCUUUUGCACCUUUUACGGGGUGGAACCAUCAUGGACAGCCAGUGCUGUUUGGAUGUGCAUUACUGCUCAAUGAGUCAGAAUCCUCUUUUGUUUGGCUAUUUGAGACUUGGCUUGCUGCAAUGUCAGGCCGCCAUCCCAUCUCAAUCACAACAGAUCAGGACAGAAUCAUAAGGGCAGCUGUUUCACAAGUGUUUCCUGGAACUCGCCACCGAUUUUGUAAAUGGAACAUUUUUAAGGAGGCCCAGGAGAAAUUAUCUGAUGUAUAUCACUCACACCCUUCUUUUGAAGUGGAGUUCCAAAGAUGCAUCAACUUGACCGAGACAGUUGAUGAGUUUGAAUCAUGUUGGGAAUCACUUGUUCAAAGGUACGAUCUUGGCGAUAGAGAAUGGCUUCAGUCCAUGUACAGUGCUCGUCAGCAGUGGGUGCCUGUUUAUCUCAUGGAUACAUUCUUUGGUGAGAUGUCCGUAAUGCAAGGAAGUGAUAAUAUUAAUUCAUACUUUGAUGGGUAUAUAAAUGCAUCUACUAAUAUUCAGAUGCUGAUUAAGCAGCAUGAGAGAGCAAUUGCAAAUCGCUAUGAAAAGGAAGUAAAGGCAGAUUAUGAUACAAUGAAUAUUCCUCCAAUUUUAAAAACCCCAUCUCCUAUGGAAAAACAAGCAGCAAACUUUUAUACAAGGAAGAUAUUUAUGAAAUUCCAAGAGGAAUUGGUUGAGACGCUUGCUUAUCCUGCAACUGUAAUUGAUGAUAUGGGAUCAACAAUUACAUAUCGGGUGGCAAAGUUUGGAGAAGACUGUAAAGCGCACUUUGUUAGGUUCCAUGUUUUUGAGAAGAGAGCUAGCUGUACUUGUCAAAUGUUUGAGUUUUCAGGUAUUAUUUGUAGGCACAUAUUAGCAGUUUUUAGGGUGACCAAUGUUCUGACACUUCCUUCUCACUAUAUCUUGAAACGAUGGACAAGAAAUGCCAAAAGUCAGGUUUUACUGGAUGAGCGUGCUCUUGGACUUCCUACUAAUUCGCAAGAGUCAUUUGCUGUUCGCUGUGAAAACCUUAGCCAGGAAGCCCUCAAAUAUGUAGAUGACGGUGCAGAAUCAAUACAUAUUUAUAAUGUGGCAAUCGAUGCUCUUCAUGAGGCCUCGAGGAAGGUUGCUGCUGCAAAGAAACAAGGUCCUGUGCCUAUGCAUAAUACUCUGGUUAAUGGCUGUCAGCAGCUACAGCCUCGCUGUCUGGAUCAAGACAAGAAAAUUCAGGAAUUGACUGAUGAAUUGAAGCAUGCAAGUAAAAAAUGUGAAGCAUAUCAAUCAAAAUUGUUAGCUGUUGUAAAAGAUAUGGAGGAACAGAAGUUAAAGAUAUCUGUGAAGAUUCAGAAUGUGAGGCUCAAUCUAAAAGAUUAAACUAAAGCAUGAAAGAUGAUGUGUGGGAGAAAUGAACUAGUAGGGGGAUGGUGGGUAAACUAUAAUGGUCUUGCCAUUUGCUUUCCACGAUCCUUCUUUAGUUGCUGCAAGAGUAUAGAGUUUGAAAUCCUCAACGAUAGUUGUAAUGUAAGUGUUGUUGAGGCCUUUCUAUGUAAUAGUUGUCUUAGCAGUUAGCUAAAACAUUUAGCCACAACUUAUGCCAUGGCUAUAGGUGCAAAUUGUUGCAGCGGCUAUGAGAAGGAUAAUGUGGAGUGCGAAUAAGAUACUAAGACGGAGGAGUUUUAGGAGGUAAGUGAGAGAAUCUUGAGCACAAUUUUGCUUAUGAUGGUUGUUUCAACAGCUGCUUACCCAAGUUACUUCUA